AUGAUUGGCACGAAUAUACCAUUAACUGAUAAAUUUAUAGAGGCUUAUCCACCUUAUAAAGUUAGAUAUAUGCAAUUAGAUCCAAAAUCACUAAUAGAAUAUAAAUUAACCAUAAAUAAGAUAUGUAAUAGAAUAUCUUAUGAUUAUAAUCAAUUAAUUGGUAUUAUAACUGAAAUAAAACCAAUGUUAAAUGACAGACAUUUUGUUGAAAUGUUAUUAAAUAAGUUGAUAGAUCAAGGACGUGUAUUAGUAAGUAAUCACCUAAAUAGCUAUAAACCGAUAUCAAUAUUGAUGAGUAAGUUAUAUGAACAUAAUAGUCAAAUACUAGAUGUUUAUGUCAGAUUAAUCAUAAGAAAAGAGUGUAAAAUAACUGAGAUAAACGGAAUAUACUCAAUAUACUUUGGAGUUUUAGUGUUGUUAAAGGAUUAUGAAAGAGCAUGGUUUAUACUAGCAAGUAUAUUAAACAUUGAGCCAAAUCAAUAUACAGGACAUGUAUUAGAGUAUUAUUUUUUAAUAUGUAGUCCGUUAUUGGAAACAAAGAAAAAAAGACUAUUAAAGUUGAAGAAAUAUUUAAAUGAUUUCUUCUAUCCUAAAAUAAGUAAUAUUGCAAUUGAAACAAGAAUAAGAGAGUAUUUGAAUAAAAUUUAA